AUGCAGGAAGGUGUUUAUUACAGCACAAUUGAAGAAGAUAGGAUGCUAUCCGCUGAAGAAUUGGACAGAGAGCGGAAGAGAAAUCAAAUAUAUGAGUAUCUGUGUCACAUGCAGGAGGCUAGAGAGUGGAUUGAAAACAUCAUACAGGAGAAAAUACCUGAUGAGUUUGAGCAUGCGCUGAAGGACGGGGUGUAUUUGGCCAGGCUUGUUCAGCUGUUUAGGCCAGAGCUGGCGAGCAAGAUAUUCAGAAACCCUGUGCUGCAGUAUAGGCACACAGACAACAUAAACAAGUUUUUUGAGUUUUCGAAGAGGGUGGGCAUGCCUGCGGUCUUUAUGUUUGACCUAGUGGACCUAUACGAGGGAAAAAACAUUCCAAAGGUCAUAUACUGCAUACACGCGCUGGGCCACUUCCUCUCCAGGAAGAACAUAGCCAUCAAGCCCAGUAAUUUGGUGGGGAGGGCAAUAUUCACAGAAGACCAGAUUACGAAAAAGGAGAAGGAGAUUGAAGAGUCUGGGGUUGUUCUGCCGAGCUUCAGCGGCAUUGCAGGGAGCGUGGGGGCAACCGUGGACUCUAAGGUCGAAAGCGAGCAGAGCGUGCAGAGCCCCUUGGAAAUUGGAGUUUCUUGCAUGGACGACGGGCUCCUGGAAGGCGCCGAGGAGACAGAGGAAGCCACAAACAGCGAGAUUUUGGACUCUUUCGAUGCGAAGGGCGAGCUUGCAGACGAGCUGAACGAAAAGGGCGAGGCCUCAGGCGCUGCCGAUGUGGAGACCUGCACAAGAGACGAAGCAGCCCUCACAGAAGAAAACCUCCAGGACGCGCAGGUCAUACAGGCGUACUUCCGCAUGCUUCUGGCAAGAAGAAUCGUCCAAGAGCUAAAGGGAGAGGCUUCGACCAGCAUCUUUACAAUCAGGAAGAUGCUGCGGUUUUUCAAGGGCGACGAGGAAAGGGAGGAGACGGUUGUGGACGAGCUGAACAAAAUCCUCGUGCAGCUCUUUGCCGAGAACGCAGAUUUGGAAAGCAAAGUGGCCGCAGUUGAAAAUAGGAUUUCUCUUAUGCUUAAGAAUAAAAUUCAGAAAAAGGCCAGCCUUCCAGCAGAGAAGAGAACAUACAUGAAAUACAUGGCUCUGCAAAAACUCUUUGCAAAGCUGCAGGACGACCCCAGCAUAGCCACGCAGCUGAUUAUGGGCCUGCGCCAGAGAGAGGCAGAGGCAUUCUGCAGGACCAAACUUUUGGGAUUCUUCGGGCACGCACAGACCCCCAGGGAAGAGUACACAUACAUGCGCGUGGUGGAGACGCUUGUGCAUGCAAGCCCAGUUCUGGCCGCGCAUAAGAAGAGCGAAAGAAUGGCAGAAGCUGGCUCUGAAGAGUGGAUCACAAGCGCAGGAAGCAACAGAGAUAAGGUCUUGGGCGGAAUUGCGCUGCACGCGCUUGUCGUAGCGCAGGGCCUCACCGAAAGAAUGGAGGCAGUCCGGAAAAUGAUUGAGGGCGGGGCGCAGGCCCAGGAAGUCAUUGCGUUUGUUGUGGAGAGUGCCCACACCCUCCCGCACGUGAUCAGGUUCUACGCAAGGUUUUUGGUCAUGGCGCUGAACAAGCAGAGCGUGCAAAGAGACGAGGGCGAGAGCGCGAAAGACCUUUCUGCGGAAAAUGAGCGCAUGCAGGUGGAAGUGUUCCUCUCCAUAUGGGAAGUGUUCUUUGCGCCCGUGGUUAUAGACGUGCCUGCAGGAGAGAGAAGGGCCGUGCUGAUGGACGCUUGCAAAAAGGUCGCAGAGAUCGCAGACAGAGAGAAGUGGAUGGGCCUGACGCAGGCACAGUUUUCCAAGGCAGAGAAGCUGCACCAGGUCGAGUCGCUGUCUGAGUACUAUACCAUGCAGUACAUUGCAGCGAGACAGCCAAACCACAUGCUUGGCCUUAGCGGGGAGGAGAUAAACGAGCUGCUUUCGAAGAUACUCUGCAGCACAAACUUGCCCGAGGACUUUAAGAACCUUGCGAAGGAGUGCGUGCCGUUCCCGUUCAAGCUUGUUUUUGUGGUGCCAGGCGGAGUUCUUCCGUACUUCCAGGAGAACGCAGGCGCGGUUGAGAAGAGGCUGUGCAAGUGGGCGGUUGUGAAGGCGCUUUCAAACACGGCAGGGAAAAGCAUGUCCGAAGUUGUCCAGAGUAAGGCGUGCGACAUGGCGUGCGGAAGCGUGUACGCGCUGCACUCCGAGGAGGAGGUUGAAAAGUGCAGGGAGAAGGCCCAGAAGUAUGCAGGAAGGCUUUUCGAGCUGGGGAUGGUGCAGGACGCAGGAGAGUGCAAGGAGAUUCUGAAGAUGAUCGGCACCGACCUGGCGAACAGACACAGAGCCAGCCUUGCAAGAAAGAGGGAAAUACGCGCAACAGAGAAGGCAAUUGCGAGCUUGGAGAAGGCCCGGGAGGGCGUGGAGAGGAGAAAGGCCGAGUGCAGAGUGUACCUGGAGAACGUGUCCGCAAAAAUUCUUGAAAAGGGGGGAGAGUUUAAGUGCUCGGCAAAGAAGCUUCUUCAGGAGGGCAUUAUUUUGAGAAUGUACAACUGGCAGUCCUCGCAGCUGGACAGCAUUAUGCUUUCUUUCAAGAAAAGCCCGCUUGGAGAGGUCGUUGUUUCUGUGUUUGUCAUUGGAAUACAGUCGGCAAGCGAGAAGCUGGCGCUGGACGAAGUUUUGCUGAGAGAAAGCGAGGGAGAGACAGAAAUGCAGAUGGAGUCUCUGGGCGCUGUUUUCUCGAUUCCAAAGCUGAUUCUGCUUAUCAACAAGAAAAUGCGUGUUUAG